CUACUCUCUCAUUUGUUUCUCAGUUCUGUGUAGUGGGCCUUGCAAAUUUCGAGCAAUUUGCUGUCAAAGCAUCUGGAUCCAAACUGAUUCCGUGAAAGAGAUUUGUCUAGACUCGGUUAUAAGGUAGCCUGACGUGGUGAUAUUUAUAAAAACUUAUAUAGAGAAAACGAUUCAGUUCAGUUAGCCAGUUUGCAGUUAAACAUGAUACUGUGGACUAUUUUGAUUGCACGGGAAAAAAAUGAAUGUGCUCCGAGUCAUUUCAUAUUAGUCUAUGCGAUAUACAUUUGCACCGUAGGGACAUUUAAAUUAUUCAGGUAUGCCCUGGCAUGUAGGAAUGUUCAGUGAGUCCAUAUCAAACUGAUACUGCAUGGAGAGCGCAGACCCAUGGACUGCCUUAGAAAACAAAAAAAAAGGGGUGGGGUGGGCUUAAACCGACAACAAAACAUGACCUGUUUAUUUGGACAGAAUCAGAGAGGAACUGCUGUCACGCAAGGGCGCUGCUUUGACAGCGAUUUGGUCGAAGCAGUAUUCCAUUCAUAACGUGUCCGACAUUAAAAGGCUCCCAGUGUUCUAACAGCUUCUUUGGCAGUGAACGCUCUUGUGUUGUCUCAUUCAGAAGGGCAACGGAUGGACGCUGAGAGGGGAAAGAGAUAAGCAUCUUUUCUUUCGUUUGGCUGUUCACAUGACUACUCGCGACAGAGAAAAUAGCAACUUAACCGCUGUCACAAAAAAAAUGUAUGCGUGAAAGCCCGGCUCAAUUCGAUAGCACGUUUUCUGCGCUUAGGAUGGUUUCAGUGUUGUGCCUGAGAGGUGAUGUAAGCUGAGCUCUUGGAUGCGGGUGCACGCCGAGGAGCUGUCCACGCUGUCGAGGUGCUGAUGCGGCUCUGAGAGGACGCCAGUAUGGCUGCCGGAAAGUUGCUGCUCUACGCCGGUCUUUCCCUCUCUCUGUGUGCCCUCGGAAUGCUGGCCGUGGCUAUCUGCUCCGACCACUGGUACGAGACGGACGCUCGCAGAUACCGGGAACGUUGCCGAAGUUUCUCAAGCCGUCGGAAGGACCCGGGCUUUAUUUACAUUCCCAGUAAUAGCCUCCCGUUGCGCGCGAGUCGCUCCCGUUUGGACCGCUGGGAGGAGAAGCUGCUGCUGGCUCGGAACCGUCGGCAGCUGUUCGCUAUGAGUGCCGCGGACGAAUGCAGCAGGCAGUACAAUUCCACCAACAUGGGGCUUUGGAGCAAAUGCCACCGUCUGGGAUUCGACCAGGAUAUGGAGGAUCUCAUUCGCAAAGGCUCCAUCGCAAGAUGCUCUUAUAUCAAGUACCACUACUCCUCAGCCAUUAUACCCAAGAAUCUCUCCUACAACAUCACCAAGACCAUCAGGCAGGACGAGUGGCACUCUCUCCACCUGCGGCGGAUGACAGCCGGCUUCAUGGGUAUGGCGGUGGCUAUCAUCUUGUUCGGCUGGAUCAUCGGGCUCCUGGGCUGCUGCUGGGACCGCGGCCUCAUGCAGUAUGUGGCCGGCCUGCUCUUCCUCAUGGGAGGAACUUUCUGCAUCAUAUCCCUGUGCACCUGCGUCGCCGGCAUCAACUUCGAGCUCUCCCGUUAUCCGCGCUACCUGUACGGUCUUCCGGACGACAUCAGCCACGGCUACGGCUGGUCGAUGUUCUGCGCCUGGGGGGGCCUGGGCCUGUCGCUCAUCGCCGGCUUCUUCUGCACGCUGGCCCCCUCCGUGCAGCCCAUCCCCCGCUCCACCUUCCCCAAGUCCCGACAGGAGAACGGCACUGUGUGCUAGAGCAGAAAGAAAUACCACACACAUACACACACACACACACACACAUGCACACAGAACACACACACACACUUACACACAAAUUCCAAGAUCCAGUCGAGUUACUAAACAUGCCAUUCGUUCAUCGGCAACCACUUCUCCAACAUGGCCACCAACAACAACAACAAAAAAAAGAGAUUUUUUUUUAUUAUUAUGUGUAAGUAUAAAAUGAGUGUCAUGAUCUUUGAACAAAUGAAAUGUACUGAAAAGAAAAAAAAGAAAGAAAAAAAAAUUACAGACCAAUAUUAAUCAACGAACUCUGGUGGCUGUUCCUGUGCACAGAAACACUGGACUACGCUCAUGUUAGGAGCAAGACCCUGCAUCCCUCUAUGGGGCAAUGAAAUAACACAGAGGAAUCACUGGAUUGAACGGCCUUGCUAACUCCAGGCCCCAUGUUGCCAGAUUGGAGUGUGAAAACUGAGGAAUCCACAAUUGUAUUAAUAACUAAUAACUAAAACCCACUGGAGGGAGCUCUUCAGCUUUGCUGAUGGUGACUGGUGCAAAUGACUGGACACUGGUGAGUGCUAGUGGAUGCGAAAUACAGUGGAGUAUGGACAUUUCUUGAACUUUAAAGACAAUGAAUAUAGGAUUUUUUUGAACGUCUUGGAUUAAAAAAACAAACUCUUGACUAUUUAAGGGUUGGAAAAGCCACAAGGACCCUAGGAUGCAAGACCUCUCUGGCAGGAUGUGAUCUUGCACAGAGGUCUCCACCACUGUAUACAAUUGUAAAAAAAAAAAAAAGCCUGUGGGAAAACAUACAUUAAGGGGAAAACAUUUUUAUUUGUGUGUUUGUUUGUUUGUUAGGUUGCAUUCCCAGAUGACAUCCCAUUCUUCCAGAUUGUGUAUUCAGAUAAGGUUUUUAAUGUCCCCCUUUCACUCAAUACAUCUUUUACUUUUCUGAUAUCAAAAGCACCACCAACUGGGGACAAAUGUGUUGUAUGUGAGAGAUUUGUGUGUGUUUGUGAGGUUUUUUUCUUCUCAUAGCUGUGUGUGUGUGUGUGUGUGUGUGUGUGUGUGUGUGUGUGUGUGUGUGUGUUUGCGUGUGGGAGGUUUGCCAUCUCUGUGGAAAACAGAAGACAUACCAUAAAAAGACAAAUCAUCAUUUGAAAACGUAGAAACAGUGAAGUCAGGACCUACCUCGGAGGGGAAAGGCUACAGGAAACAAAGAAAGGAAAAUGAUGUGUUUCACAUUCUGUUGAUGGGAGAGAAGGAAGAAAGAAAAGAAAGAAGGAAGGAAUGAAUGAAUGAAGAAAGCAAGAAAGACAAUAAGAAAGUGGAAUGGGAAAACAGAUUAGAGAAAGAAGCUAAGAGUGAAGGAAACAGGGCUGAAAGAAAAGCGAAGCACAGAAGAAGAAAUAAGUAAAGGGAAUAAGAAAGAAAGAAAUAGAGAGACAAAGACAGUAAUCUGAAAGAGAAAAUCAAAAAACAGGCAUCAGUUGUUCCAUCAGUAGGGAGAUUACAUCAUCUUAUGGAAGUCUCCGGUUUCAUUCGGAGAACCCCCUUAUCUCAUCACACUUUCACAGAUUUACAGACUUUUUUUUCUUUACCAGAUGUGACUCAAUGUUACAGUGGUAGGCUUUCUUAUUAGACACAGGAGUGCUGAAUUUCAUUCACACACUCACACACUCUCACACACACACACACACACACACACACACAUACAUAAGAAACAGUGAUUUAAUCCCCCUUUCCCUCCUGUGAUUUUAUAUUAUUGAAAUGGGAACAAAAGCUCACACCGACAGCCAUUCAGUGAAGAAAAAGCUUAAUACAAUACCCCCUCAGUCCCGUUUCCCUGCCAGGACCCAGUACGUCACAUCCGUCAUCAGAGAUCUGCUCAUCGUGACCCAGCAUACUAAACUCCUGAGCCUUACGCAAUGCAGCGGACCAUGAUCCGGCAUCUGAUGCUUUUCAUCUGCAAAAAUAUGCACCCAUCUGACAAAAAUCAAGCAAAUCAGUUAUUCGAGGUAUUCUGAUGAGAUUGUGUAACACGGGCAUUUUAUCAAAUGAUAUGUACCCGGUGGUGAGAUGACGUGCCAGCGCUGGGUUGGCAGCGGAACAGUGCCCCCCUUCCCCAGGUGCCAACUACAGAGGGAGCAACUGGGAGGAUCACAAGCGGAGAAGGAUCACUACUCCUCCUAUACCCACCCACACCCACCAUUUUGCGCGCCAUAUUUUUUUCCUGACGAUAAACGCAGCCCAUUUUUCAGCAUCCGUUUUACGCAGUCACGACGUCUCUUCAUUCAACGCCAGAAAAGAGUCGGAAAGUAGGAAAAGACUCUCCUCUGUGUGCUCUGUCUCAACACGCUCGGUGUCGCAGUCGCAGAUGUUACGCAGUCGCAAAUGACACUCAGUCACGGGAAAGCAUUUCCAAUGCAGAUUUAAAAGGUUUUAGAGCCGCUAAUUUAUGAGAAUGUGACAACACUACAUUACAAAUGUGAUGUGACUGCUAAUGUAAAGACUCGCAUGUGUGGGUGUGCCUCACCAAAAGCACUGGGACAGACUAAUACGGAUCGGUGAGAAGCACUGGUAGCUCUUAAUUUGCACUGUUGUGGUUCAGUUAUUUGAAAGAGAGGGAGGCUACCCUGGAACCCAAGCUGAUAAUGCAAUUGACUGUGAAAUUACAUUAACUUCACCAGACACACUUGAGGAGCUUCUAGUUCGAGUUCUUUUUUUCUUCCACACAUUCCGUUAAGAAACCCCUGUAAACAAACAGACAUUUGGCCACUCCGGUAGAAGGUUCUGGAAGCUAAAUCAGUGGCCUCCAAUUGAAAUCACCCAACUGCCAUAAUAUGACUCAUGUUGGUGUUUUUUGGUGCAAGUGUAAAGACAGUUGAGUCUUGGAAGUAUUUUGCAUUGGAGCACAGGGGACCUUAUGUAAUGUUGCUUUCCUUGACACACUUAAUGGCACAGUAUUUAUUUCCAUCCAGGGCCAUUACACAAUGAGGCUUGUGCGUAAAUGGGGUCGGUUGCCACUCACACACACACACACACACACACACACACACACACACACACGUAACGUUCGCCUUCAUCCCUUCCAGGUAUGAACCAAAACACGGCCUACAUUUCUCUGGGAUUCAGCUGUGGGUGGGUGUGCACUGGAGAUACGUGAGCAAUUCUGACGAAUCAGUCCAAUACCUCCUUGUCUUACCCACUUCACCAGGCAGGGAAUAAUGUCUAAGAGAAGCACAGUAGUUAAUCAAUCAAAGCAUGGGAGUGUGAGGCAGGGCACGCGUAGCAUGGUAGCCUUGGAGCUAUGCAGUGUGAUCGUUUCAGAUUGACUGAGAGCGUGUGUGUGUGUGUGUGUGUGUGUGUGUGUGUGAGAGAGAGAGAGAGAGAGAGAGAGAGAGAGAGACGGAAUCUCGGAGUAUGACAACACCUAACUUGUUCCUGAGCAGACUACUACAUGAUGCCAGGCCCACGAACUGUCACAUGACAUAAUGAUCAUCAAGAGAUAGAAUGAUGGGACGGCCCUUAGGGGUGCGUGCAGUGUAAAAUAUGAUAUAAAGAGUUGUGGUGUUCCAGUGACCACGGGGUCGUCGCUGUACGUAGAAGUGUGAACAUGGAACUUUCAGUGAUGGUUGGCGGUUUCAUCGCUUUGUCCCUUCCCAUGGUGUAAAUAGUAUUCAGAGCAUAGACACUACAGUGUUUUUAAGAGAUGUUCAAAAAAUGAAAGAAAAUGAGGAACUAUCAGUCUUUUUCAUCAGUAAUGUGUCGAGUAAACUUAAAAGUUAAAAUUUAAACAUGAAAAUGAUGUUUUAAAAAAAAAAUCUGGAAAUGUUAAAAACUGUGGAAUGUAAAAAAAAAGACAACAUUAUGAAAUAAAAUUCAUUGGUGUGUUUACUUGUA